AAUUUGCUUACAUUUGAUCAUUUUUGAAAUAUCUAAACAAAUAUAUCAUUGCAAUGAUUCGAUACCUGCUGAUCACAAAAUCAUCAAUAAAUUAAUUUGAUCUUUUGAUGGUCAAAUUUGUAUCUCCUAUAAUAAGAGAUUUGUAAAAACGCUUUAAAUGUACAGCCUCAAUGUAUCCAUGUAUUUCAAUAUACUAUAAACAACUGCACCAAGAUAAGUCUUUAUAUUUCGAAUAGCUGACUGGGUCGUAUAAAGAAAAAAUAAAUUGCAGUAAUAGGCUGCCACCAUCAUCAUCACAAUCAUCAGCAUAAUAAUAAUAAUUUGUCUUUGGAAAUGCUAUUCCUAUAUGUGGGGUUGCUUUUUAUAGCUUUUCAUCAUGAAAUGGUUGUAUGAAUGUAUGUUUGUGCCCCUACACUAUACAAUGAACAUCUUUCAUAGCUUGGAUUAUUUUCCCUUGGCCGACCAUUUCUACUCAAUUUAUUAAUUAAAAAAAAAAAUUGAGAACAACCGUUUGGAUUCAGUAAAAUUUUGUAUAUGAAGUAAUUCAGUUCAACGUUAACUUUUAUGAUUUGUGGACGGGCAAGUUUUGAAAAAAAAUACGUAUAGUUACAAAAAACGAAGUUUUGAAGACGGUAACGAAGAUUUGGAGGGUGCAACCUUUUUUGUGACAAAGAACAAGUCGAAUUUUUCUUUGAGGACAACCUGCCUCCCCCUGGAAACAAACCACAACCACUAGACAAAAAUGGGGGAAAACAUGCAAAGACAGACUUCUCGAAAACGCAGAGCACUGCUUUUACGAGAACGCGUUACUGUUAUCGAAAUGUACAGUACCAGACCUCGGCCGAACUAUGAAACCUUAGCUAAAAUGUUCAACUGUGGUCGUAGCCAAAUCAAAAAUAUUCUCCGCCAAAAGGGGCAAAUUCUCCAGGAAUACCAUAAAGACCCAGAAUCGGAGAGAGUACGCCGAAAAGUACCUCCAAUCCUUUUGGCCCUUAAUCGUAUUGUAGAUGAAUGGCUAAAACGGGCCUUGGGCCAUAAAAUUCGAGUAAGUGGAGAAAUGAUUCUACAAAAAUCAGUUCAAGUUCAGCGUUUCCUUGACUACGAAGAAUUCGAACCUACAAAAGCUUGGCUUCGAUCUUUCAGACGUCGACAUGGAUACUACAGAAUUGACCUGCGCUCUCUCGAAGUUCCAGUAGAUACUAGUAAAUCCCUCAAAAUCGCAGACAUAUUUGAAGAUGUAAAAAAUAUGCUCGAUUAUAAUGUCAAACGUGCCACUGAACUUAAAUUGAUCCGAGAACAAGGCUGUAAUAACAUUCCUGAACCGGAUGAAGAAAUUAUCGAGACGAAACCUCUUGUCCCAAUUAUGCAGGAUCAAAGUUGGGAUAUGUCAUCAGAAGAAUUUCCAUCAUCCGAGAAUAAUGAUGAAAUGGUUGUUAUAAAGGACAACACCGAUGCCCUGGAUUACUUGAGACCCCUGGAGGAGUUUGCAAUGUUAACUGAUAAUUUUCGUGCAAUAGGCCUUAUAUCACAACUUGAAGCGAUAUUUCGGGCGAAGAUCAGAACUUCCGGAGAUGUUUGUUAAAAAAAGAAAAAUUACUGAUUGAAGUCGUCAAAUGUCUCCAACAAAAAAAAGUAUGCUUCCAUAGUUUGUUUUUGAAAUUCUUCCGUUUUAAUUCACUUCCAUAGAGUUGUUUGUGUGUAUAAACCAAUAAGUAUAAUAAUGUAGACAUAAAUUCAUUACCAUAAUUAUUUUUUUAAAUAUACAUUUGUGUUAUUUUUUUUAGUUGAUUAGUAAAUAUGAAUAUUAAACUUAAUAUUUUAGAGAAAUGCACUUUUAUAUGAAUACAAAAAAAAAAAAUAAUUUUGUUUAUUUAUUUUUUUCAAACAAAAAUGGAACAAAAGAGUGAUGUUUUGUGUGGAUAGAUAGCAAAGCAAUUUCAAGAAGAGUGAACAUUUUUUGCUUUUGUAUCAAAAGGGUGUUUUUUCAUCAACUUAACUUCGAUUUUUGAACUUCAAACUUUUCAAUUUUCGAACUAUUUUUUAAUAAAGAAAAAUUUAAGUUAAAGAAAAAACACCUUCGUCAAAUAAAUAAGCAAAUAGAUUAUCUUCUCACAGCUUAUAUUAGUAAAUCACGUGUUAUCUCACAAGUUACAUAAACAUAUAGAAUAAAUAUAGCCAUUUUUGAUAGAAAAUAGUGACAAGAACUACCGAAACCUUUAAGUAG